AUGUCUCUCCACCGCCUCCGCCCCCUCCUCCGCACGCCACUUCUCCGCAGCAGCAGCCGCCGCAUCACGACGACCGCCCCCCGACCCGCUGCCGCGGUGCUCCAGAACCCGAGGAAGGAUGAGGAGGGCAAGGAGAUGAUGAUUGAUUUGACGCCGCGCGCUACGAAGAGGCUGAAAGAGAUCCAAGCCAAAGAAGCCAACCCGAACCUGGCGCUGCGCAUCACGGUCGAGGCCGGCGGCUGCCACGGCUUCCAGUAUCUCAUGUCGCUGUCGGACAAGUUUGAUGCUGUUGAGGAUACGGUGUUUGGCGACGACGGCGCCAAGGUCGUGAUGGACGAACCGUCGCUGGAGCUGCUGAAGGGCAGCAAGAUCGACUACACGAUGGAGCUGAUUGGGUCGCAGUUCAAGAUUGUGGAUAACCCGAAGGCGACGAGUAGCUGUGGGUGUGGGACGAGCUUUGAUAUCAAGAUGUGA